CCAGGGGAAUAAAAGUGUCUUUCCAGAGUCAGAGGCAAUCCAAGAGAAAAAGGAAGGAGAUGGAAGAGAAGGACCCAGAAGUCUCUGGAACUGGCAAGACAACCAGGAAACGACCCCAUCCCCUCCAAGCAAGGAGUGGUGCUGCAUUCUGGGAAAGAGCUGUGCCAGAGAUCUUGGUUCAGGACCCUGUGACCGCAGAUGAACUCAGCCGAUGCUUCCGGCAGUUCUGUUACCAGGAGGCUGAUGGGCCCCGAGAGGUUUGCAGCCGGCUCCACGGACUUUGUAAGGACUGGCUGGAGCCAGAGAGGCGCACCAAGAAGGAGAUGGUGGACCUGGUGAUCCUGGAGCAGUUCCUGGCCAUCCUGCCGCAGGAAGUGCAGGGCUGGGUGAGAGGAUGCGGGCCAGAGAGCAGUUCCCAGGCAGUGGCCCUGGCCGAAGGUUUCCUCCUGAGUCAGGCAGAGGAGAAGAGGCAGACACAGCAGAUGUGGGGAGGAUCCGUGAAGGUGGAAGCAAAGUUCUCUGAGGCAGAAGGAGCUCCAUCAGAGGAAGGUCAGAGGGCACAGGCCCAGGAGCGUGCCCAAGAUGCCCUGUCCAAUGAAGAUGAUCAGAGGAAUGAGGAGGAUGAGGAACUGCAUCAUCUGUCGCCAGAUGAAGUAAAAAAUGAAGAUGUGAGAAGAAAUGUGAGAAUUCAAAGUAGGCCUCGGAGGCAGAAAGUCAGGUGCAAGGUGAAGAAAAGAGAGAAAUUUCCUUGUCAAGGGGGUGGUUUCCAAGAAGUAAUUCACAGGUCGGAGGAAACAAACAAGAGCUUGGAGUGUGGAAUAAACUUCUCGGAUCAAACCCAAUAUAAUAUACAUUCUUCAAAGCACAGUAUAAUGAAGACAUGUAAAUGCUUUCAAUGUGGAAAGCAUUUCAGAUACAAAUCACAACUUCUUGUGCACCAAAGGAUACACACAGGAGAGAAACAUUUUGAAUGCCCAGACUGUGGAAAGAAAUUCAGUCAUAGUUCCCUUCUUAAACAGCAUCAAAGAAUCCAUACAGAGAAAAAGCGUUUUGAAUGCUUAGAGUGUGGGAAGAGAUUCAGCUGCAGUGGCAAUCUUCAAAGUCAUCGACGAAACCACACAGGAGAGAAGCCUUUCAAAUGCUCAGAGUGUGGGAAAAGAUUCAGUGGGAGUGGCAAUCUUCAAAAGCAUCAAAGAACACACACGGGGGAGAAGCCUUUUGAAUGCUCUGAGUGUGGGAAGAGAUUCAGUCAGAAUGGCACUCUUCAAAUUCAUCUAAGAAGCCACACAGGGGAGAAGCCUUUUGAAUGCUUGGUGUGUGAGAAGAGAUUCAGUCAGAGUGGCCAUCUUCAGCUUCAUCAAAGAGCCCACACAGGGGAGAAACCUUUUGAAUGCUCAGAGUGUGGGAAGAGAUUCAGGGACAGAAGCAGUCUUCAAAUCCAUCAAAGAACCCACACAGGGGAGAAGCCCUUUGAAUGUUUGGAGUGUGGGAGGAGAUUUCGAUGGAGUGGCAGUCUUAAACUGCAUCAAAGAACCCACACAGGGGAGAAGCCUUUUGAAUGCUCAGAGUGUGGGAAGAGAUUCAGGGACAGGAGCAGUCUUCAAAUCCAUUUUGAAUGCUCAAAGUGUGGGAAGAAAUUCAGUUGGAGUCGCCAUCUUGAAGGUCACCUAAGAACCCACACAGGGGAGAAGCCUUUUGAAUGCUCAGAGUGUGGGAAGAGAUUCAGUUGGAGUGGCCAUCUUCAAAGUCACCUAAGAACCCACACAGUGGAGAAGCCUUUUGAAUGCUCAGAGUGUGGGAAGGGAUUCAGCCGUAGUUGUGAUCUUCAACAGCAUCAAAGAACACAUACAAGGGAGAAGUCUUUUAAAUGCUCAGAGUGUGGGAAGAGUUUCUGCCGCAGUGGCUAUCUUCAAAAGCAUCAGAGAACUCACACUGGGGAAAAGCCUUUUCAGUGCCCAAAGUGUGGGAAGAGAUUCAGUCAGCGUGGCAAUCUUCAAACUCAUCUACUAAUCCACACAGGGGAGAAGCCUUUUGAAUGCUCAGAGUGUGGGAAGAAAUUCAGGGUUAGUAGCAAUCUUCUGAGUCAUCUAAGAACCCACACAGGGGAGAAGCCUUUUGAAUGCUCAGAGUGUGGGAAGAGAUUCAGUCACAAUGGCGAUCUUCACAAUCAUCGAAGAAUUCACACAGGGGAGAAGCCUUUUGAAUGCUCGGAGUGUGGGAAGAGAUUCAGUAGGAGUGGAAAUCUUCAACAGCAUCAACGAACCCACACAGGGGAGAAACCUUUUGAAUGCUCAGAGUGUGGGAAGAGAUUCAGUCACAGCAGCCAUUUUCAAAGUCAUCAAGGAAUCCACAUAAGGCAAAACGUUUCGGAACAGAAAGGGAUUCAGUCAGUGUAG